GCACAAGGCCUUGAGGCAUGCUAAUGUCUCCCCUUUGACCCCCAGCUCUGGCUGAGGUAGAGAACCCGGAGGUCAGCCCAUCCCUGUGGAAGGAACUGAUGCCCUUGGCCAUGACGCACCCCCAACCACUGUCUGCUCAGGCACAGCCUGCGUGACUGAGCCUUUGCUGCCCCAGCUGUUUCACGUCACUGUUCCCUUUACUGAACAGUUUGAUGGGGCAUCGGGCGGAUGACAGCGGGAACAGUUGUGAUCACUGGCGGAAUCCUAGCUACAGUCAUUCUCCUCUGCAUCAUCGCCGUCCUGUGCUACUGUAGACUCCAGUAUUACUGCUGCAAGAAGAGCAGAGCGGAGGAUGCAGACGAGGAGGAGGAAGAGCACGACCUGCCCGCACACCCCAGAGGCCCCACCUGCAAUGCCUGCAGCUCCCAAGCCCUGGACGGCCGAGGCGGCCUGGCGCCUCUCACCAGCGAGCCCUGCGGCCAGCCGUGCGGGGCGGCCGCCGGCCACUGCACCACCUGCUCCCCGUACAGCUCCCCCUUCUACAUACGGACGGCUGACAUGGUCCCCAACGGGGGCGGAGGCGAGAGGCUCUCCUUUGCUCCUACAUACUACAAGGAAGGGGGACCCCCGUCCUUCAAGCUGGCAGUGCCCCAGAGUUACCCGGUGACGUGGCCGGGCUCCGGGCGUGAGGCCUUCACCAAUCCAAGGGCUAUUAGUACAGACGUGUAACCCCGUUCGCCCCUGCCCGCUCCGUACCAAUGCUGCCGCCCCAGCAGGAACAAUGGGGGCCACAGAUGGUCCCCUCUAACAACCUACAAGGACGGUCUCCGUUUCUUUUUCUUUUCUUUCUUUCCUUUUUCUUUUUCUUUUGGCUUUUCUUGCUCCACAGUGUAAUUCAAGCUAUUGAGUGCAGGACAGGGCCUGGCCCUUGGGGUGCAGAGGUGGGGGCAGGCGGGUGGAGCCAAAGCUUUGCAGGCUUCUGUGCUGGGAUGGUCCUUGGGGCUCGGCCCCCUCGUAUCCCAUCUUGCUCCCCUCUCUCAUCCAGCUUAGCCAGACUGCGGGAGGAGGAGCACCAGGAAUGCUAAGCAGAGGCCCCGGAGGCCUCCAGACACCUUGGGGGAUGGACGAAGGGGGCCCAGGGCCCCGGUAGAGGUGAGAAGGCAGGCCCUGCAGAAACCAAGGAAGGAGAGAGAGGUGUUCCAGGGACCUCCGCAGGGUCGUGCGCUAUGAGGAAUCAGAGCUAGUUCAGUCUAGUUUUGUAUUUGGUCCUCACCGGGCCACAGUUUCUGCAUUCGCUCCAGUAAGAGGUGUAGAUUCCGGAACACACCACAUCUGUACCCGCCCCUUCCUCAUGGAACACCUUGAGUUGACUCUAAAGGUCACGGCAUCAGGUUAUUUGCGGAGGGGGAGGGAGGUGCACCGGGAAAGUGGUGUCUAGCCUUGUCUCCCCGCAGCAAUUCCUUCUCGGGCUCCGGAACGUGCUGCCCUUGGCUGGAGAACCUGGUUCAAAGUUUUGCUGCUGACUUUGAGCAGCUUAGCGAAUGAGACCUUCUUGCUGAUGGUCUCCGGGGUGCCAGCCCACAGCCCUGAGCUGGGCACGGGGCAGCAGUGCUGCGAGGGUGAGGGUGUGUGUGUGUGUGUGUUCGUUCUCUGCCAGCACACAUCACACACCUGAGGCUUUGGCACCUUUGGGAGGUGCAGAGCGGAAGGGCCUCUGAUGUUCCAGCUGCCCCGCAGACCGGAGUAGAAGGUGAUUAAGGUGGCCAGUCCCCACGGCACAGCUGGCCUGUGCGGGCAGAGCCUGCAGAGCCUCCCAGGGGACAAUUCCCUGGUUGUUGGCUUCCCUGGAUUCCGAUUCCGUGCUUACUUCCCUCCCACUGCUGCUCCCCCCACCCCCACCCCAUCCCAGUCUGGGGGGGGGGUAUUAAUUGCCCCAGCCCCGCCCUCACUCCCCACUUAGAACUCUGCUGUGGCCUUAUGCCAUUUGAGGGAAAGCACCUGAUGGGUUUUCUGGUUUUCUCUACAGUAAGAGGUGGCUGCUCCCCCUUCUAAAGGCAUACUUAUCCCCCCACCCCCACCACUUCGGAGUCACGGAAUGCUGCAGAGGCUGGGGCAGGGGAGGGGCUAGCCCCUUUGCUGAAAUCUGGAUUUUGCAUUUGAGCAAGGGCCAGGUGCACUGGGAGAGAGCGAGGGCAGGGAGAGAAUUCCCCUCACCUCUUGGUUCACUCUGCCAGGACACACUUGUCACCUUGCAUCUCCUCUGUAAUUAGUGCACAACUGCUUAAGAAUCAGAGGGCCUGGAGUGUGUCACACACACACACACACACACACAAUGUGGUCACUCAUUAGCUCUAGAGCCGGUCAUUUGUCGUCUCUGAGACCCCAUUUUCUCCAGGAAAAUGAGACCUGCCCAGAUAGACCUAAGAGCCCGCUAGUACUCUGGACAGCCAGGACUUCCUGAAAAGACCUGCCCGCCAUGCUGUUUUCCUUGCCCUCAGUCCUGGCAGGGGCUGGAUGCAUUUGCCGACUGCCUGGUCCAGUGUGCAAGGAUGUGUGUGUUGGGGACUGAAGGACCAUGGUGACACACGGGUGUAACAGGCAAAACGAUUUUAAUGGUCAGAGAAAAGCAAACAUGUCUGACCCUACUGAGUGAUCUCAAAUAGUGGCAUUUCCUGAUACUGGGAGGCCGCUCUGGGUGGGGGUGAGGAGCUCUGUCUCCCAGACCAGAGCUUUAACAUGCUCCAUCCCAUCAGCAGCCCUCACUGGGUCCAAGUGCACCCCCUUGACAUGAGCUUCUGGGUGUGGCGGGCAUUGUGACUUUCUGAUGACCAGCCCCACUGCCUCCCCACCUGGGAAUUUCACAGCCAAUUAACCACAGCAAGGGCUGUCCCUUUGUACUUCCUGCUUUUGGAGAAAUCAAGACAGCCCAGUCAACUAUCACCUGCUUCUUGCAUCAAUCUAUUGGGGUCCCUCAGUGAAAAGCAUCUUAGUCCCCUCUCCUCCUAGAGCUUUCUCAGCCUAAAUCUUGUCAACCUACACACCAAAAUCUGGGUUUUGGGCACUGGAGGGAUGAUGGGCCAUGGCUCUCCUCCCACCACCCCCCCGCCCCAGUGCUCAGGGCCCAGUCUCCAGAUUGCCUGUCUGCCCACCCCACCCUCUCCCUGCCCCGUAGUUGUGAGGGUCUAACCUAUGGAAGAGGAAGCCCACCCAUUGAAUUGUGCUGCACUUUUUAGCUAUGGAGUCUGUGCUAUAGGACACUAUUUGGACACCUUUCAAAUCGUUCCCUAACAGGAAGAAAAGGAGAGGCUGGGAACACCCUGUCCUCUCUGCCAUCUGGUCUCCACCGCCAUUUCACUGCUCCUGCUGCACAUUUCCUGUCCUGCAUCUUUGAUAAUGUGGAGUCACAACCAAGUGAAUGUCCAAAUAAAUGAGAAAUUUGAAAUAGAA